AUGGCAUCGGCUUCUGAUGAAGUACCUCCGACGAAAAAUGAUGAAGUCGAAUCACCUUCAUCAUCGUCAUUAGAAAAGAAAUCUCCAGUAGUAAACGAGGAAAAGGAAAAAAUUGAAACAUCACCAUCGACAAACACAAACAAAGAGGAUAAAGAACAAACAAAAGAAGAGCAAAGUUCAUCUUCAGAUCUGAUUACAGAGAAAUCUCAAGAAGAACCUCAAGCUGAUAAUUCACUAUCUACGACAUCUGACGUACAAGAACAAAAAUCAACAAAGAUUUCUACAGAAGAGAAUAAUAAGGAGAAUAUUAAUAGUCAAUCUCGAGAACAAGAAACAACAACAACAACAACAUCAUCAAAAACUCGCUCAGUAAAUUUUGCUUCAAAAGUCGAUGAUAUUGAAAUACCUAGAUCACGUUCAACAAGUUCUAAUCAAACUCGUUCGAAUUAUUCAUCAUCACGUCGACCAGUAGAUUUUAUUGAUACACUUGUAGAAAGUUAUAAACUUGAAACAUCUAGUAAUACAUCACCAUUAAAAGAAGAAAAAAAAUAUGUACCAAAAACAAAUCGUGCACGUUUAAAUCCUAAUUGGCGUGAACAUCGUACAAGACGUUUAAUGAAUAAAUUAGAAGAAUUAAGUUUAUGGGAUCGUGAAGAAGAAUUAAAAGCCGCACAAGCUCAAUCAUUACGUGACCAAAAAUGGGAACAAAUACAAGAUCGUCAACGUAAUCAUGAAUUAUGUUUAAAUUUAAUGCGUCAAAGACAUGAAAGUGAAAUGGAAAGUGCUAUUCUAUUAGAUCGAGGAGCAAGUAGUAUUAAUGAUGAAAAUACAAGUGCAUCAAUAGCACGUGCAAUGAAUUUCGCAUCACCCGCUGAAGUUCUUGCUUAUGAUUUACCAACACCACCAGCAUCACUUAAACGACGUGUUAGACAAGAACAAGAUAAAUCUACUGAACUUAAAACAGCUCUUGGUCGUUAUCGACAAUUUGAAACAACUAUGAAUAAUAAACUUGAUAAAAUUAAUCAAAAAUUACAACCAGAUCAUGAAAUAAUGCGUGCAUAUAGUCCAUAUCGUACAUCAAUACCAUCAAGUGCUGUACCAUUAUUUAGUGAAACAUAUUCAGCAUUACUUUCAGUACCUGAUACACAAUCAUCAAAUAAAUAUAAUCAAUAUCAUUAUGGUGUUGCUUCAUACUUACAUCAACCACAACAUGCUGCAAGUCCUGAUUAUGAAACACGUGCUAAAUCUUAUUCAAAUCGUGAUGUACGUGUACCAUUAAAAGAACAAGCUAAUGAUUAUAGUUAUUAUGAUGAUGAUAAUAUAGAUGAAUAUAAUCGUUUAAAUUCAAUUGACGAUGGUCAUUAUACAAAAUAUCGUUCAAAUUCUCAUGAUUAUCAUACAAAACAUCGUUCAAAUCUAAUCGAUGAUGAUUAUCAUACAAAAUAUCGUUCAAAUCAAAGUGAUGAUGAUUAUCAUCGAAAAUAUCGUUUAAAUCCUAUUGAUGAAGAUCAUCAGUCAAAAUAUCGAUCAAAUUUAUCUGAUGAUGAUUAUCAAUCAAAAUAUCGUUCGAAUCCUGUUGAAGAUGAUUAUUAUUCAAAAUAUCGUUUAUCAUUAUCAUCAAAACCAGAUUAUAGUCCACCAAGACGUACAACUAGUUUAGUAUCACCUACAGCAUCAUCUUUAUAUGAUUUUUCAACAGUAGCAAAUGCUCCUCGUGACUAUUCAUUUAUUCAUUCUAGUCAACCAUUAUCAAACAGUAUUCAUCUUCGUAGUCUUAAUGAUGAUCUUAAUGCUAUAACACGUUUUUCAACGGAUACAACUAAGAAAAUUUUGCACAAUAUUGGUGAUUCACCAAAUGAUUCAUUAACAAAAUCUCGUUCAUCAUCAUCAAUGUUAUCCUCAAAAAAAAAUGUUAGUUUUCAUAAUCAUGAUUAUGAUGAUGAUGAACAAAUGAAUUAUAAUAAUUCAUCCCGUAAUUAUUCAUCGAAAUCAAUGUAUGAACCUGUCGAAAUUAUAUCACUUUCAUCUACACGAUGA